CCUCUUGCAGUUGCAGGCAGCUCCGAUCCACCUUCUGAGUCUGAGCUACAAACAGUAGCUUCUUCUCGUGCAGCUUUCAGAGGCACACGAAACUGCGAGCGCGAUCGGUAUGGCUCCAGCUCGAGUUCUCACACUCGUGUUGCUCGCCACAGCUGCUGCCUGGGUUUUGGCCGCCGCUGAUGACGCCGGCCCCGCCAGCACGUCGUCGUCGUCAUCUCCGGCGCCGGCGGGAUGGCUGAAGGCGCACGCCACGUUCUACGGCGGCGCCGACGCCUCCGGCACCAUGGGCGGCGCGUGCGGGUACGGCAACCUGUACUCGCAGGGCUACGGCACGCGGACGGCGGCGCUGAGCACUGCCCUCUUCAACGACGGCGCGUCGUGCGGCCAGUGCUACAAGAUCGCCUGCGACCGCAAGAGGGCGGACCCGGCGUUCUGCAAGCCCGGCGUGACGGUCACCGUCACGGCCACCAACUUCUGCCCGCCCAACUACGCGCUGCCCGGCGACAACGGCGGCUGGUGCAACCCGCCGCGGGCGCACUUCGACAUGGCCCAGCCGGCCUGGGAGAAGAUCGGCGUCUACAGCGGCGGUAUCAUCCCCGUCAUGUACAGAAGGGUUCCUUGCGUGAGGCGAGGUGGGGUGCGGUUCACGAGCAACGGGCACGACUACUUCAACCUUGUGCUCAUAGCCAAUGUCGCAGCAGCUGGCUCCAUCAAAUCCAUGGAUGUCAAGAGCUCCGGUUCGGAUAACUGGAUGCCAAUGGCGCGCAACUGGGGUGCCCAAUGGCACUCCCUUGCAUACCUUACGGGGCAAAGUCUCUCGUUUAGGGUCACCGACACCGAUGGACAGACUCUUGAAUUCACGAACGUGGUGCCAAAAGGAUGGAAGUUUGGCCAAACAUUCGCAAGCAAGAUACAGUUCAAGUGAGAGGGUCCAUGUGGGAUUUCCUGCGGUCGA